AUGUCCUCGGUUUCCGUGGUUCGUGCCACUGGUGGUAAAAACAGUCACGGCUAUUCUCGCUCCACUGUAUCCGUUAAAUUCCAACCGCCACAGGAAAAGUCCGACUUCUCGUCCUCGCUUCCUUGGAAGGUCGACUUCUUCACUCUCGACAACGACAACUAUGUUCUCGUGAAUCUGCUUGCAAAGCUCUGGAACUAUCCCAGCUCCUACCAGGUAAUUGCCAAAAUAGUGAAGAAAAGUGGGAUCCGGAAGGGGGAGUUCUUGCACAAAACUAAUGAAAACCUCAAUGGUUUACUUCUUGCAGAGAAUUUAAUCACACCCUUGGAGGCCAGGAGUCAAUUGUUUUAUGUGUCACUCAAAUUCAUUCACUCUGUGGUUCAAAAUGAGAAUGUGUUGGUUGGCAAUGAUGCGUUAGUCACGAAUACAGCUAUCCGUCAAAGACCAAUCAUUCCACUUAAUGACGACGAUACUAUUACUAUCUCCCAGGUGUUCCCUCACUACGGCAAUGAGGAUAAUGUGAUUACCAAGGACCAUGCUACCUUCACAACACUUACACCCCUCACAAAGUUGCAGGUCUACAAGCAUGAGGGUAACUAUAGGAGAGUCUACGGUACCUCUCUCAGUGCUUAUGAAAGGGAGCUUAUUCUGAGCAGCAAUAACUAUACCGCCUUCAACCCAAACCUGAUCUUAGAAACUGAACCUGUUGAUCAGAGCUCGGCCUCCAAGAAACCUUUGGGUAGAACAAGGCGACACAUUGCAAGUGUUGAUCCCAACUCGCUUGAUGUUUCUGAAAACAUCCUUCCUGGUAAUGGCGCCAUUCCUGAGUUCCUGGUGGGCGCCCUCUGCAAGGUUCCCAAUUACUUUGUCAGCAACGGUCUGAUGAACUCGCAGCAGACCGCUCUCAUAAACACAUACAAGCCACAUCUUACCGAUUUGCAACUAAACUUCUCUGACAGCAAGGGAACAAAACAGGUGCUGCAGCUCUUCAUGAAUAAUGACCAGGAGGCCCUUAACUCCAGAUACUACUACUACAAGAGUUACAGAGGACCUGGCUCGGGAAAUUACAAAGACGCGGCAUUGGUGAACAGAAUCAAUAAGAUUCGCAUGUUCAACAAGGAUUCUUUACCUGAAACAAAUGCUGUGACACAUCUUCCAUCACACAAGGUCCAGAAACCAUUACGAAAGCGCUUCGACCGUGGUGUCAAGGGUUUGAUCCAUGAUUUCUACACUCCUGACAACGUAGAAGUUGUUGUGAACCGCCAGCGUCAGUUUGCCGAAGAUUUCGAAAAUCUAGAGAUGCUUCAUAGCACUGUUCUUUUCAACGUUCUAGCGAACUCCUACAGAGAAGUCUCGCAGCUGACGUGGGCCAACUUCUACAAAUUCCGUAUGAUUGACUUUGAAAAGCUCUAUGCCAUUGACAGGCAGGAGAAAAGAAGAAAGAGGAAGGAGGAGUUGCUCAGUGAAUACGAGAAAACUCGUCAUAAUGCUGAGUCUCGUGGUUUGGCACCACCACAGCCAACUAGAGAGCUUGCCGAGUUGAUGAAACCAGACAUCACCGACAGAUUCACGCUACCUACGGAUCAUGCGGAAAUCAUGAGGAAAUUGCCACUUGAACUUCGUGGCCAGGACGGAGACCCAGUUUCGCAAAUCAGCAAGCCCAUUAGAUAUGUGGCCACAUACCCAGACAAGCAGUUGCCUGAGGUGCUCAACCAGAUUGAGGUUGUCAAACUACCAAAUGCCAAUCUGUUAACCUGGGACAACAUCAAAAAAUACCGGGAAACGAGGGCCUGGCUGUAA